AUAAUUGAUGGGUGAGAGCUAGAUUUGCAUCAAACCUUGGGUGGAAACAAAGUCUUUAGGCCUCUAAAAAAGUGGCCCAAAUGUAAUUGGCUUGGAGGUAGUGAGAUGACUGGUUUUCGGGUUAGCGGUCGGGAAAUCUUGGAAUCAAGAAGAAACCAUCGAUUUUAUUUUAAUUAAUUUACAGAAGCGGCAAGGAAAUCUUAGACUCCCACUUCUGAGCAUUCUUGCAAUCAAAUGGCAGCUAAUUUCUGGACACCCUCUCACUAUAAACUGCUCUGGGACCAGGAAAAGGUGGAUGAGGUGCGCUCUCCUGACAGAGAGAAGGGAAUCACUCUUGAAGAAUUCAAGCUAAUUAAGAUGCAAAUGGCAAAUGAUAUAUCAAAAUUGGCUCAAAGUGUAAAAGUGAGGCAGAGGGUAGUGGCCACUGCAGUUACAUAUAUGAGGCGUUUUUACAUGAGGUAUUCUACAUAAUCGUCUGAUUGAUGAGAGAAAGUGCGCAUCAAUCGUCUAUUGAACGACUCGAAAGCUUCAAGAACUGCAUAUGCUAAAUAAACGCAUAAACCUACAACGUCACUCAAAUUAUUUUCCAGGGUUUCCUCUCUGUGUCGUGAUUCUAAGAUUUCACGAGAGGCGAAAAGAGGAAACGAAGGGAAAGGAAGCAAGAGAGCCAGAGAAACCUUCACGGGGCAAAACAGGAGAAGUGGAGGAGGCGGUAAUUGACACGGAACAAUCUUCGGUAACUGCUGAAUUUAUUUAUUUAUUUUAAUCACUAAAAUUUAGCGGGAAUGCGCUUUUGAUGAUUAUUAAACCAGCGCCUGCAGAGUCGUGGUUCUCCACGUGGCGUAUUUGCAUGAAGAGCAAAGAAAACGACACAUGUUGUAUGAUAAUGUCCUUAAUAACAACACUGUGCCUUUCAACCUAACACGAAUACUGACACGUGGUGUCAGAUAUUGGAGUUCUCUCGAAUCUCCUCCGUCGAUUUCGAUUUACGUGUCCCCAGGUGAAGAGGCUUCGUAGUGGUUUGGAUUUCGACAAGUCUAUAAAUCAGGUUAAUUUAGGUCCGAGUAUCCAUGCAUACGUUUUUGUGAGUCGAAGACGUGGCUGGAGUGAAAAGCGUUACAGCUCAGCACAUCAAGCUGCCUUACAGCUUUCAGAAGAUCGAUUUGGACUUGUUGGUACGUUGCGAAACGUGUGUGGUAAGGUAAGGUUUAGCCUUACAGUGAAAGUAAUACGUGGAGGUGAAGUAUAGGUGGGAUGACUUGUCAAAGGAUAUGAAGUAAAAAAGGUCGUUUUGUCAGUUCGAAGACUUGACACGGCGCAUGGAAGACACGUUUCAAUGAGUGAUAAAGCGGUGAUCUUGUCGUCUGUAGUGUCAUCAUGAAUGGUUAUAUGCGAGGCUUUGGGUUUGCGUCCGGCCGUAGGUUUGAGAGGUAAGGUCAGCUUUUGUGGUGAAGUGACCUUGCCGUGAGAGACAAGUCCACGGUGUACACCACAUAACAGGUGAUGGUCCCUGGACGUAGUUUGAGUGAUCAAAUUGUGAAAUCUUCUGUUAGUGUUAUAAAAAGGUUGAGUAUGUGAUUUUUUUUGAA